AUGAGAAAUCCAACCCUUGGUAGUAAAAAUUUCUCCAUUAACGCACAACACUGAAGAACUCGAGAGACGGAGAGAGAGAGAGAGAGGGUUUCUUCUCAAUUUCCCUUAUGCGAUUCUCUCACAUCCACACGACUCUGAGAUGGAUGCAAUUUUGUGUACUUGUCUUCAAGACAUUUGGCAUCAUCUUGUAUGGAUCAAACUUUACUACUCCGUAGGGGUGCAAAUUAGCUGAGCCGAGCUGAGCUUGGGGUUGUUUGCGCUUGGCUCGGUCACACCAGAUGCAUGCUCAGGCUUGGCCUGUGUUUGGCCCAACUUGGCUAAGCCAUGCUCAGGCUUAACUCAUCAAUAUUUAGUGAAACUCAUGCUCAGCUCAUCAAUAAUUAGUGAAACUCGUGCUUGCAAGGCUUCUGCUGCAUCUUGGUUGAAAGAUAAACUAUUGCCUGCAUACCUUAACGAGGGUACACGAUGAGUGGGAGUGCCAGAAAACGUAAAUCUCUGUGGGAUAGCAAAGAAGACAUUCAGCUUCCUGCUCAAAUCAAUGAAAAGAAUGCUUGUCAUGGGAAUGAAAACUAUUCCAAUCUUCAUGUUAGUCAUGAUUCAAAGUUGCCUGACUUGGGAGUUGACAAUGCAUUGAAGUCAAAAGAUUGUUCUGGGAGGUCAUCUUGGGAAUCUUCACAGGGAAACGAUGGCCAGAAGGAUGAAAGCAGAGACUUCAAUGAUAUUCCAGAAAUCCGAAAGGCUCGGGAUGAGGGCAAGAGCUAUCAUCUAUCUCCAGGGUCUGAUGGAUGGAAACAGCAAAACCAUAGUGGGAACCAGUCACGCAGGUACAGGAGGAGCAGGAGCCAGAGCAGAAGCAGGAGUAGGAGCCGAGCCAGGGACAGGAGUAGGAGCCGGAGCCAAGGCAGAGGCACGAGCAGAAGUAGGAGCAGGAGCAGGGACAGGAACUGGGGUAGGUGCAGGAGCCCACUUGGUGAUUAUAGACGAGAGUCGUACAGAUCGAGUGACAGAAGAAGUGGAUCGGGGGUAUCAUCUCAACCAUGUAGAGACUUUACUCUUGGUAAAUGCAGGAGAGGCAAUGAAUGUAGGUUCCUUCAUCAGGACAACCUCAGUCACAGGGAUGGGGGACGAUUAGAGAGAGACCAAGCAGAAAGAUGGAGAAUUAGAGAGGAACGUGGAGGAAAUUUUUAUGAUGGACAGAAGGAUGAGCGUCCGAUGAAUAGCAGCAAAUCUACAAUGCUCUGUAAUGAUUUUCUGAAAGGUAGGUGUCAGAGGGGAUCAUCAUGCAAAUAUCUCCAUCACGAUGCUUCUGGUGAUAACAGUGAAAGAGGCAAUCGACAUUCAUCUGUUGAUCAUGAUUACAGGCGACAACCGCGCAAGAAUUUCAAUCCUCCUUGCAAGUUUUUUAUGAUGGGGAAAUGCCAAAGGGAUAACUGCAGGUUUUCUCAUGAUUGUCCUGCUCCCAUUAAUCUUGAAGGAAUGCCACAGGAUGAUAGGCAGGGCCAUGAUUUUGAUGACAUGAACAAAUCGUGGGAUGGUCCAAAAUGGGGUGAAGCAACUGCUGUCUCGGACAUUGCACAGUCUACUAGGUGGGUUAAUGUUGGAAAAGGGACUUCCAUUGGUUCCAUAACUGCUGAGAAACACGCUGAUGAUAGAAGGGGCCAUGAUUUCGAUGACAUGACCAAAUCAUGGAAUGGUCCAAAAUGGGGUGAAGCAGCUGCUGUCUCAGACGUUGCAGAGUCCACUGGGUGGGGUGAUGUUGGAAAAGGGACUUCAAUUGGUUCCAUAACUGCUGAGAAACAGACUGAUGAUAGACGGAGCCACUGUUUGGAUGACAAGAACAAACAGUGGAAUGAUCCCAAAUGGGGUGAUGCAACUGAUGUGUCACAGAAUGCGAAAUCCACUGGGUGGUGUAUCGGUAAUGUUGAAAAUGUGAAUUUAACUGAUUCAAUGAAUGCUGAGAAAUGUGCUGAUGAUAGUUUGGAUAAUGAGAAUCGAAUGUGGGGCAGUCCAUUAUGGAAAGAUAAGGUUGUUGACAGAGAUGAAAAUGUGUCCCGUCAAUUGGGUGGUGGUAGUCAUGUUGUGAACAUAGGAAGUACUGGAUCAAAAGAUGUGGCAAAAUUAUUUGAUAGGGAAGAGUCCCGACUUACUUCCCAUGGUUUGCAAUCUCAAACUCCAUAUGGAAUCCCCGAAAAUGUUCAAGAACAAAAUCAGAUGCAAGAAGCUUCAGGCCGGCAGCUUGCUACCACAGUCAUGCAUUCAGUUUUUCCUGUAAAUUCUCAGAUUCAGCAGCAGCAUCACCACACAAAGAUGAGGGACAAUAAUGCAAAAACAGAUGAUUUAAAUUCAGUCAACAGUCUAGACAUCUAUGGAAAUGCUAGUCAUCCUGCUCUUGUGCCUGUACAUAAUUUCAAUCAAAAUCCUGAUAGUUUUGGCCCUCAACCUCCAAGUUUUGGUGGAGUUGAUCAAAGUAAGCACAUGAUUUCUAUAAACCCCUCAAAAGGACAUAAUAUUGAUUCGAAUUGGUCACUGCAACAGAACUUCUCUCCAUCCAAUCUGCAAAAUCAGACACAGAUUCAACAUGGAGAGUCUCUCAAACCAAUGGUGAACUCCGGCUUGCCUCUGAACAUUGUGGACAGUGAGCAGGUUGCUCAAAUAACUAACCUUCAAGCAUCUCUGACGCAGAUAUUUGGGAAUGGACAACUCCCUCAACUAUAUGCUGCACUAAACCUCCCAAAUUCCACAGAAUUGGCGCCUUCUCUUCCUGAUGCUGUGACCCUUCUUCCCCCCAUUACUUUAAUGGAUGCUCAGCCUGAUAAAGCUACAAUGUCCCAAAAUCCCUUAGGUGAUAGCACAGAGCCUAACAAGCCUGGCAACUAUAGCCAACCACCUGGGUUUUUGUCUAAUUCCGUUGAACAGAAAAACAAAAUGCUCUCGGAACAUUCAACUGCAUCAGCCGCUGUUGGUCUUGACAAUGACAUACUCGACAAUAAUGGCUGUCGUGUGGAAAAUGAUCACAGAAGUCCAGAGUUGAGACAGCAAAAGCCAGUUGAGAAUUCAGGUGUCGAGGAAGACAGUAAACCAAUAGCUGACAAAUGCAAGCAAGAGCCGGAAAAAAAUCCCGCAGAAAAUGUGAAUGCAGAUGCCAGCAUUGGGGAUGGCGCUAAUGGAAAGGAUGAAAAGGCAAUGCGGCUGUUUAAAAUUGCACUCGUGGAAUUUGUUAAGGAGCUUUUAAAGCCCAAAUGGAAGGAAGGCCAGCUGAGCAGGGAAGUUCACAAAACUAUUGUAAAGAAGGUGGUUGAUAAAGUGACCAGUACCAUUCAAGGAGUUAAUGUCCCGAAGACGCAAGAUAAAAUUGAUCAGUAUCUUUCAUAUUCUAAACCCAAGCUUGCCAAACUCGUCGAGGCAUACACAGAGAGAUUUUUGAAGAGUGCUUAAAACACCUAGUGCUGCUGAUAUUUCCCCUCAUUAUAUUAAACUUUCGAUGGGCUAAACAUUGAGUUUCAUUGUGUAUAUGUGGUUUUUUCCCGGAGCUUCCAUGAAUUGUGUAGUUUAUGUUUUUGUUUCUAAAUAUUUUUUGCAAUUUGUGUAGUUUAUGUUUUUGGAGUUUGAUAGGCGUUACUUCUCUCUUACUUGUAGAUAUUGUUAAAGAUACAAUGAUGAUGGGUACUUGGUGGUUAUCUUUUCUAAA